AUGGCGGCUGUGAGGCUACGUAAAGCAUUUCGGUAUCCUGAGGAAUCGGACGAUGAUCGCCAGGAGCUUGAUGAGGAGGAACAAGAUCGGGUGAUUCAACAGUUGCAGCAGCAGAAUGAGGCGCGGAAUGCGCAGUACAGUCUCGUGUUUACUGCGAUUCCACUGGUUUCCACUCUGACUUUCCUGCCAUCUCUAUUUACCGCGCUGAGCUUCGGCGAAAGGCUGCUUUCGCUGCUGGGAAUACUCUCGUUGCUGGCUACGGCUUACAUGAUGAGAUUAGCUCCUCUGCAACCAGAUCGAAAGGGCAAGAAACCCCUCUCAUCGGAAAGUGAGCGGUUGGAAAUGAUCCGUUCCGCUCUGUUGCCUGUCAACGGUGCAGUCGGCGUUCUGCUCACUCUAAUCUACCUCCUGUUCUUGCGUGGAGGUUCCUCAUUCAUUAUCAGUCCGGUCUUAUAUUUGAUUCCUGGAGUCAUGCUCGCGGUUAUCGUACUUGCGAAGGACACUAUGCUUUCGGUAGACCUUGCAACUCUCAAGGAUCUUCAAUACGAGUACAAAGGUGCUUAG